UCGCAUUUUUAAUUACUUUAUUAUGUUCCCAUGCAUGUUUCAUCCUUGUCCUCUCCUCCACCUCAUAUUCUUAUUUUGUAUUCUUCACCAUGUUACGAUCUUUUCUUCUUUUUCUAAAAAUUUUGACUGGGUUUUUCAAUAUUUUUUAACUACUUGUAUUCAUUAUUAUCAUCAGAUUAAUGGGGAAUGAAGAAACCAACCAGGGGAGUGAGUGAGUGCCCUCUUUUUUAGUUUACAGAGUCAAAAACAACAUAAUAAAGGAAAAAAGAAGAAGAGGAGAGGGUAAUAUGGAGGAUAAUAUAAGCCAAUCUCUUCUACAGGGCUCAAUUAAGCAGUCGCUUAAUCCAUCCAUUAUCAGGCGCAUGUAUGUUGGCCACUUCCUCGCGAGAUGGGGUGCAAGAAUGUGGGAGUUCUCGGUCGGACUUUACAUGAUAAACAUUUGGCCGGACUCGUUAUUGUUCACUGCACUCUACGGCGUAGUUGAGUCUGCUUCGACUGCAUUGUUCGGUCCCGUGAUUGGAUCACUGGUAGAUAGAUUAACAUACCUACAGGUCCUUCGAUUUUGGCUGUUAAGUCAAAAUUUGUCAUUUGUGGUCGCCGGAUGCUCAGUGACCGCCCUUUUGGUCUUCUAUGGCCUGAAAUCUACCGCAUUUGCUACUUUCCUGUUAUUAGUUGCACUAACCAAUAUUUCUGGAGCAGUUGCUGUCCUUUCAACUCUUGCUGGGACUAUAUUAAUUGAAAGAGAAUGGGUGGUUGUGAUUUCUGGUGGGCAACCUCCAGAAGUACUUACAAAAAUGAACUCAGUGAUUCGAAGGAUCGAUCUCAUUUGUAAGCUAUUAGCCCCAGUUUUCGCUGGCUUCAUAAUCAGCUUCAUAUCAUUAAAAGCUUCAGCAGUGAUUUUCGCGUUGUGGAAUAUGAUCUCUGUGUGGUUAGAAUAUUGGCUUUUAAAAUCCGUCUAUAACGGCAUUCCCGCGCUUAAUGAAAGCAGCAAGAGGAGAAAUGAGAAGCUAAUUCCUACUGAAUCACUCGAGAGUUCAUCUAUUCUUCCUGUUGAGAAUGAGAGUUCUAUUUCUACUGAAAACAGGAAUUUGGAUUCUGAAACACCUGAUUGGAAAAUAAGCUUAAUGGAAAAUUUCUCCGUAAUUCCUUGUUUUGAUUCUUGGGCAGUCUACAUGCGGCAGGAAGUGGUUCUUCCGGGAAUAGCUCUAGCUUUCCUUUAUUUUACCGUUUUAAGCUUUGGUACAUUAAUGACAGCAACCUUGGAUUGGAAAGGCAUUCCUGCAUAUGUUAUCAGUCUAGCGCGUGGGUUUAGUGCUAUUGUAGGAAUAACAGCAACAGUCGCUUACCCGAUCGUGCAUUCAAGGUUAUCUACUUUACGAACAGGUUUAUGGUCUAUUUGGAUGCAGUGGUGCUUCUUGUUAGUGUGCGUCGCUUCAAUCUGGGUUUAUAACAGCAUUACUUCAGCAUGGAUGCUGAUGGGCGGAGUUGCGGCAUCCCGCCUUGGAUUGUGGAUGUUUGAUUUAGCUGUCAUGCAACAAAUGCAGGAUCAAGUUCGAGAUUCUGAUCGCUGCAUCGUUGGAGGGGUUCAAAACUCUCUCCAAUCUAUGUUCGACUUGCUUACAUACAUCAUGGGUAUGGUUAUUUCGGACCCAAAGGAUUUUGGCCUGUUGGUGAUCAUUUCAUUUUUCUUAGUAACGUCGGCUGCUCUAAUAUAUACUUUCCAUGUAUAUCGAGUACGCAAGCACCUUUUUCACUUCGACAAACUGCUCUCAAAGAUCCAUUGAUAAAGGAAUGAUCAUUAUCACGAAUUUAUUGAAGUUGUUCAUUAGCUUAUUCGGGCCUUGGAUCGACUUGACGCGGAAUUGAUAUUCAUCGACAUUGAUGCAUUGAGAAACACCAACUUGAAAAGGCUAAGGUGAGUUCUUCUUAUUUUUCCAAGCGAUGAUCGACUGUCGAGCACAAUAAAAUUUUGUUAUAGUUUUCAGAAUCGUCUGCAGUUCCUGCAACUCUCUAGUGUGCUUAUCUUUUAGAAACUGACUCAUAUAACCCUCUAAAUUUUGAAAAUUCUCUGUAAAUUUGUGUAGUACUGUUUCAGAUAAUCAUGGCUAUAUGGUGAUUGGCUCCGAACAUCGAGAAACUGAAUAACUAGAGACAAACUUAUUUAUUGAUUGAUUAGUACUUGAAAACAACUUUGAUUCGAUUA